AUGAGCACCAACAAGACGCAACAGAAAAAGAAUCGUCCUCAAGUAGUUAAAUUGGAUGAAGCUUUGGAAUUGGCUAAAAAAUGGGUUAAUAACAUGACUGAACCUGCAGAAGAUGAGCCUUUUGAAAUACAGAAACUCUCUAUUGGUUUUCUCAGGCUUGGACUAGGUGCUAAAGUUCCCUGGCCAUCCAAAUUUUCACCUUCAGAUGAUCCCCUUGAAAGGAAAUUACACAAGAAGUUGGAUGCUGGAAGAAGAAAUGCUGCCAAAAUUGCCGAGGAGUCUGCAUCCGCUGCUGCUAGAGAUGACGGUGACGACAAUGAAGAUUUAGACAGCAGAACCAAAGCGUUUGAGAAGAUAAGACCAGCAGCUCCGGUGACCCCAUCUUUAGGGGGAAAGAAAAGGAAGAAGUAA